AACACUGCCAUUUGACAAAAUACCAACAAACGAAAGUCGAAGAAAAAGGGGGAGUUUACUAAAAAAGCAAAAUCAGAAAAAUUAGUUGGAAAGUAAUUUAGUCAAAAUUCAAGUUUAAUUAAAAAAAAUGGAAUACGAAAGUGUUUUGAUCGUCAAGCCAGAAGUAUUUAUUUACAAAAUCCCACCACGCGCCAGCAACAGAGGUUACAGAGCUGCAGAUUGGAAUCUGGGUGAACCCACAUGGACCGGUCGUAUGCGUUUAGUGGCCAAAGGGACAGCAUGUAAUUUAAAGUUGGAGGAUAAGACUACAGGUGCGCUAUUCGCCAAUUGCCCAAUCGAUACAUAUCCUGGGGUAGCUAUAGAAGCGGUAUCGGAUAGUUCGCGUUAUUUUGUAAUACGCGUACAAGAUGAUAACGGUCGUUCAGCGUUUUUGGGACUGGGUUUUGGCGAUCGCUCAGAUUCAUUUGAUCUGAAUGUAGCCUUACAAGAUCAUUUCAAAUGGGUGAAAAACCAAGAACAAAUAGAAAAAGAAAAAACCGAACCUAAGCAACAACUUGACUUGGGUUUCAAGGAGGGUGAAACUAUUAAAAUAAAUAUGCGAAUAACAAAAAAAGAUGGUUCAGAGGGCACCGCACGCGCUGGCAAAGCCAAACCAUCGUCUGGUAUUUUGCCACCUCCACCGGGUGGUAUUGGGAAGAUUGCACCACCGCCAUCAGGAGCUGGCGGUUCGGUACGACAAAGUCCGGGUACAUCACCUGCACAUAAAGCACCAGGGACUGGCACCGAAUGGACGGAUUAUGCUUCAGCAGGCGGACAAGCACAGCCACAACAACAGCAGAAUGCCGCUAAUUCGAAUUGGGUGCAAUUCUAAGUAGGUUUAAACAAAUAUUUACAUAUGAAUGCAUACAUACAUAUAUACACACAAACUCAUACAGAAAUACAUAAAUACAAAUGAAUGAAAUGCAUUUGUAACUACAUACAUCUGUAUGUUCGUCAAAAAUAUACUAAAGCUAAAAUUGUAUAACGUACAGCGUUUAAAAACGCGUAAAAAAUGAGCUUUCUGCCAGAAUUGUAUAAAAUGUAUAAUUUAUUGCAUUGAAGUAAAUUUGCGCGAGUUAUAUGCAUACAUACAAACGAUAACGACAAUUUAACGAAAUUUGUGAAAUUAGCAAAAGGUUUAAUAUGUAAUCAAACCAGUACAUGGUAUAGCGAAAAUAUAAAAGAUGAAAAAUUACGACAAAUAUGUAUGUAAUACUUGUUAAUGUAAUAUAAAUUUAAAUAUUAAAGAGUUCAGUUUUUUUUUUAGUAAAAUUAUAUCUUAACUAUAUACAUAAUAAAUAUGAAAACAAAGUAAAAACAUACACAUUAUGCAUAUAUUUAUGUAAAUAUGCUACAAGUGUAAAACUCUGCUGAACAGAGAAGGCGAGAAAAUAAUAAAAAUAUGUAAUUCAUACUACACAAUUAUGGCAUUCAUUUGGUAUUACUUGACAUACAUACACACAUACUUAAAUAUUACUUUUGUUUACUUCGCACAUUUUGAUUUCAUAUAUUAAUUAUAUUCGUCUCGUAAGUGCACAGUGCUAAUAUUAUGAAAUGUACUUACAUAAUUUGCGUCAAUUUAAUACGCAUUUGAAUUUAAUUUACGUAAAUUCUUUUUUAUUUACAUUUGCAUACACAUUCCAUUUUGUAUUAUUGUUCGCUUGAGGAGUGCAAAGCAUGUUUUUUCUGCAAAGAAUAUUGAUUAUUAAGUAUUUUCAAAAAGUAUGUGAUUUUGAGUUUGCUAAAAGGAAAUAAUUUGUAUUAAAUUUAAAAAAAAAUAUAUAUAUGGAGUUUAGUAAAUAGGUAUGCAUAUACAAAAAUUACAAUUGAUUGGUUGCCCAUCUAUCGUUACGAUUGUAAUCCAGAGAAUGUUGUAUGAAAUGUAAAAUAAAAUGUAAAACAAAAAA